AUGACAGAACAUAAACGUCUUGAUGCCGAAGAUUUUAGUAAUGUAUGGAAAGAUAAUCAAAAUACACUGGCAUCCGGAUUAAAACUUGAUCUUGUUGAACAUUUAUUACGUCAACGUUUAUCUAAAGAGUUAGUUGAUGCAAAGCAACGUCUUAUUGAAACUAUGAAAUUUGAUCAGUUUGAUAAUUCACAAGAAAUUAAAAUUCUUGAUGUUGGAUGUGGUUUAGGUAUUGAUUUAAUGUUAGUAGCCGACGAAGCUAUUCGUUUAGGAAAAACUGUUGCAAUCAUCGGUUUAGAUCAAAAUUCAACCAUGAUAGAGGAAGCAAAGAAAUUAAUAGAUAAUCAAAAGAAUCGUUUAUCAUCAAAUAUAUCGAUUCAGCUUAUCCAUGGUGAUCUUCUUCAAAUGGAAUUUCAUGAUGACACUUUUGAUAUUGUUCGUGCUGAUCUUACACUUCAACAUGUAGAUCUUCCAAAAGCUUUAGUGGAAAUUAGACGAGUAUUAAAAGUUCAUGGCCGAUUAAUUGUAUUAGAAGCUGGUGCUGAUAAUAUAUAUAGUUCUGAUGAAGUUAUGUUAAAAACAUAUGAUGCUAUUAUACCAGAUAGACGCGAUGGUGGAACUGCUAUUCGUCUACAAUUUAUGUUACCAAAAGUGAAUUUCGAGAUAAAAAGCACAACUCCAAUAGGCUUUCUUAAUUCCGGUGAAUUUUUGGCAAGUCAAGAUAAAGAUUGGAUUAAAAUUCGAGGAAUGGGAGAAAUUAUGGUUGCGAAAGGUGUUUUAUCCAAAGAGAAAAGUGAAGACUUUCAAAAACGAUACAUUGAAGCUUGUGAAACUAAUCAAAUCGUUACAGCUGCCAUUAUAUUUAUUAUUGAAGCUGCUAAAUUCAAAUAA